CCGUACCAGUGACGUGAAUUGGUGUUGCGGCAAAAGUCAAAUACCUGCUGUUCGCGCUAUCUCGGGAGCACGCACAAUGCAGUAACAAGCGUUUGGACAGACUUCUCCAGCUAAGUAAACCUCAAAACAUUACACGUUUUAAUUUAUUAUGCGAGUGAUAUUUUAUCAUUGAGCUUGUGGAUAACAGAACCGGUUUUUUUCUGCUUUGUGCGCGCUCCCGAACCCAGUGAGACAAUAUUCUUAAGGACAAUUACUUCGACGCAACACCGGUUAGCUUCCGGAAGUAGUCUUAUUGUUUUGAACGGCUCUUGUGCAAAACACACACGUAUGUAAAUUACCAAACCUUCUGAAAUAUUCGUAGCAGUUUUUUAUAUAUUUUCGAAGACAGCUAUUUAACUCCGUUUUUAACAAAUGUAAUAUCUGCGCACUUCUUCCGCCUUUGUUCCCACAGAUUUAACCACUGUUUAUGAGGGUCUUAGCGCAUUUUUUUAAUCUGAUGGUUAAAAUAUUACUUUUUUCAUCCACUACUAUCUCAUAAUAUCUCGCUCAUUUUAAUUAAAAAAUAUGUAUAAUUUCAAAAAAUAACUAUUAAGUUGAGCGACAUCCCAAACCAGAGUGUGACGUCACGUCCGUAAUAAACAUAAUUUGCCAAGAAGGUAACGUUGAACUCAGCCCUGUGUUGGUGAGUAAUGUGCUGUGGGAAGCACAUAAAUAAGAUAAUUUUUUAUAAGAACACGAAGGCGGAAGUGAUAAUAUGAUUAUAAACUGAUAAUAAUGCGUUUGUGAUGUGGACAAAGAUCUUCAGCUGACUGAACGCCUCCUUGAGCUCAUCUGCUGCCUGGGUUUACUCUAAAGAAAAUGAGCCGGGACGUUUCGAUCCACAGCUGGCCCGGCUCCUAUUACAUCAACACUGAGAAGCGGUGGGAGAAUGGAACCCUGUCCCUCACCAAAACGAUGGUACGCUUCGUCUCAAGCCAGAGCAAGGAGUGUCUCGCCAGCUUCUGCCUGUCCCGUAUCACGGAGAUCAAGAUGGAGUCGUCCAGUUUCAUCUUCAGCACCCUCACUGUGCUGGAGGAGGGCAACGUCAAGCACUGGUUCGGUUCCCUCAAGCCCAACCGGGUGGUGGUUUAUAACGUGCUGGAGCAUUUCUGGAGAGAGCGCCUUCUGUCUCCCACCUCUAAGGCUCCAGGGGCUGAGAGUCAGCCUUCUAAGGGGAAAGAGUUGAUCAGCCUGGUGGCAGGAGCCCAGAGAAGACUGGAGGACACAGGCCGGGUUCUUAGCCACCAGGGAGAGCAGUUUGACAACAUGGUGCAGGGACUGGAGAAGAUUGACUCUGAUCUUGGCGUGGCUGAUAAACUUCUGUCAGAGCUUGAGUCUCCCUCCUGGUGGCCUUUUGGCAAACUCCCCUGGAAAAUUCAGCAAGGGGCCAAGGCCGAAGACGCAGCCAGAGCCGCCGCUGCCCUCUCAUCAGGCAAGAGCUCUAGCCGAAACAAGGUGAUCACAAGCAUUCCAGCUGUGGUGUCCAGAGGUGGAGACUCGGACUUGAAGCCCGGAUGUUUGCUGGUGCUGGUGUCGUCACUGGAGGUGCGGGACACAAACUGCCAACUCCUUCACCGGUUUGAACGGAACGAAAUUGACGAGAUCAGGGCGCACAGUCCCUACGAGAUCACGGUCCGACAGCGUUUCAUUGGGAAACCAGACAUAUGUUAUAAGUUUCUUUCUGCAAAGAUGCCACUUGCGAUGUCAGUGUUGGAGGUGCAGUAUAAGAAGAAGAUGGAGUUUACAAGUGAAUACACAGCUUUCAAAGCAACUCCACUUUCAUCUCCUUGUGACAAAGAAGAGAGAAACUGGGAUGAUGGUUUGCGGCGCACGGGCCAAGAGACCGAGCUCCCACUGGAGGUCCCAGCAGGAGAGCUGUCCCAGUUGCAGGUGCAAGUCCUCCAGCCGUCUGUCAGUCAGGCUGAGGCCCAGGAACUCAAGCAGAUGCUGUUGCAGCUGAAGCAUCUUGCGCUGGAGGCGGAGUCGGAGCUGGAGCGGCAAGAUGAAGUGCUGGACGUCCUGACGGAUUCAACGGACAGAACCACAAUGCAGAUAGGAAAGCACACAAACCGUAUGAAAAGACUGCUGUAAUCCUGGCACCACAGGAAAUGCACGUCACUCUGUGCUUCAUCAUGGUCCACAUGCAGGAUUGUGAAGGACUUAAGCUUUUUCCAUGUGUUUUUUUWUWAUUAUUAUUAUUAUUUUCAGCUUCUUGAAAAUGGUGUAGCACCUGUACAUCUUGAACUGUGGCCAUCAUUGUUAACCUUACAUCUGGGUUUGGCGAAACAACCUUUUCGAACAGGGAAGUCCAAUCCUGGUCCUCGAGGGCCAUUAUACUGCAUGUGUUGAAGGUUUCUCUGCUCUAACUUGAAGAGAUAAUCCAGUUACUGAAUCAGGCGUGUUGGAGCAGGGAAACAAGGAAAUCAUUGAACUCCCCAAUUUUAGAAGAUCACACGCACACAACUGUAAUGAAUGAAAAUACAUUUUUUAAAUGAUGCUGAAGAGGGGGAUAAUUAGGCAGGUCAAAAUAAGCAAUCAAACAAGUUAAAGUAA